GUGUUUCACGUUUCUGAAAUAAUAAGCGCUUCGUAAAUGCUUUCUGAGGCGUCUGUAGACGCUUAUUAAGCAAAACGGCGGCGCAGAGAGAAAUUUCACAUGUAGUGCAGCGAGCAUCUCUUCCUUCUGUUCCAAUGACAUCAUCGUACAGGAGAUGCAGGAGGCCCCGCCUUUCUGACCGCUCCAGCCAAUCAGCAGCCGUCAGCCAAUCAUAUGCAAGUUCAGUAGUGAUGGUGUUGCCUGGCAACCGUGAAUUCAGCAUGUCUGAGAGCCGAGCUUUCGGCUGCAGAGGAUCUGAGAAUCACUCACGAGAAGCCGGGAGACUGCAGAGUGACGGCGAGGAGGAGUACGGUGUUCUCCUGCACGGUGGUGAUGACCUUCUGCAGAUGUUCACCACCUGAGGGAUAGGAGUGGUGCACACACACACACACACACACACACACACACACGUGUAGCUAGUAGUAGGUCUACAUAUGAUGGAUGAAGCUCAUCCAUGAAUCUAGGAGCAGAUCCGGAGUGACCGUGUCGACUGACCUGGAAUUCCACGACACACAUCUGGGAGCGUUUUAGCCGUUCCUCGACACACGGCUCAGAGGAACCUGCACUCCAGUCCCAGCACACUGAGGAGCUCUUCUUCAGGAUGGAGUGCUUCAGUGAGGCGCCGUCAUGGCCGCUCGGCCCAGCAGGCGUUCGGCGUAACCGCUAAGCGUGCUCUCAGGUGUACGAUGAAUUUUUGGUCCGUGUUUGAGUGCAGAUGAUGAUGAUGAUGAUGAUGAUGAUGGAUAUUUCUCAUUUCACCACCUGACCACGAGACGCUGAAUCCCUGACGAUGUCACGGUUCAAAGCUCUGUGCUUAGAUUACUGGCAGUUUCUGUGUCUGCAGCCUCCGAGUGGCUUUUUUAAAAGUGUGGAGGGGGAAGUCCAGAGCAGUGAGCCGUCCUCCUCCCUGGAUCGUGGUAAAAGUUACGGCCCCCUGACCCACAGCUCCUCCAUCAGCCCGGACCAUUUUGAAGGCUUAGGGUACGGCCAAAACGCCCAGGCAGGUCCUCAGCGUCCACGGAGGCCCAAACUCCAGCACUCGCAGUCCAUCCUCCGCAAGCAAGCCGAGGAAGAGGCCAUCAAACGCUCGCGCUCGCUCUCCGAGAGCUAUGAGCUCUCUACGGAUCUGCAGGACAAGCAGGUGGAGAUGUUAGAGAGGAAGUACGGUGGCCGCUUCAUCAGUCGACAUGCUGCUCGCACCAUUCAGACGGCAUUCCGGCAGUACCAAAUGAACAAGAACUUUGAGCGCCUCAGAAGUUCAAUGUCUGAGAACCGGAUGUCGAGGCGCAUCGUUCUAUCCAACAUGAGAAUGCAGUUUUCUUUUGAGGGACCUGAAAAAGGCCCAAGCUCAUUUUUCGAUGGAAAACAGCUAUCUCUGACGGAGGAAGAAACUCCGAUGGACCCUGUAGAGAAGAGCGAGUGUGGAGAUAUGGUUCCUGUACAUGUGGCUGCGCCCUCAGCUCCGAAUGACCUCAGUGACACUAUUACAGAGCUUGAGGACGCUUUCUCUCGGCAGGUCAAAUCACUGGCUGAAUCAAUCGACGAUGCUCUGAAUUGUCGUAGUCUCCAUGAAGAAGAGGACCAGGAUCCGGAGCAGGUUCAGGACGAUGAGCAAGGCGAGCUGUCCUAUCAGGUAAAACCGACUAACGGCUCUCAUCAGCGCAAGUUGGAUGAGAUGAUGGCUUCCUACGGUGGCGUAACGCUCUUCAUCGAUGAGGAGGAUCUUUGUCCUCCUACUCAGAUCUCGCAUACGGUGGAUCCACCGUCCAGCACUGAAUCCGAUCAGCACGCCAUCAACUCCUCCCAGGAGUACUGGCCCAUGGACACCAAGGACGACAAAAUAGACACGGAUACCAGCUGCCGGAGCACGCCGUCAAUAGAUUGUCAGGAGCCACGGCUUCGUAUCGACCAUCUCCCGCUCCUGACCAUUGAACCUCCCAGUGACAGCUCGCUUGAAAUGAGCGACCGCUCGGAGAUCGAAUCGGUCAAGAGGCAGAACAUUUACGAGCGGACAACGGCUGGACCUCAGGCCAGUCCCAAACACAUCACGCACAGUCUACCUCCCAGAGUGUCCUCCCUCUCCCGGGCGGAGGAUCCCAUCAGGCACCGGCACCGGCAGCUGGAGAGCCAUCUGGCCAUCAACGGGAACCGACAGAGCAAAUCAGAAUCAGACUUUUCUGAUGGGGACAACGACAGCAUCAACAGCACUUCAAACUCCACCGACACGAUCAACUGCAGCUCAGAGUCGUCUCGGGACAGCAUGAGGGAGCAGACACUCAGCAAACAGACGUACCACAAAGAGACACGGAACAGCUGGGAUUCUCCGGCUUUCAGCAACGAUGUCAUCCGCAAGCGGCACUACCGCAUAGGCCUCAACCUCUUCAACAAAAAGCCGGAGAAAGGAAUUCAGUACCUGACGGAGAGAGGGUUCGUUCCGGAUACACCUGUGGGCGUGGCUCACUUCCUGCUUCAGAGGAAAGGGCUGAGCCGGCAGAUGAUUGGCGAGUUCCUGGGGAACCGGCAAAAGCAGUUCAACAGGGACGUCUUAGACUGUGUGGUGGACGAGAUGGACUUCUCAGGGAUGGAGCUGGACGAAGCUCUCAGGAAAUUCCAGGCGCACAUCCGAGUCCAAGGGGAAGCUCAGAAGGUCGAACGCCUCAUCGAGGCUUUCAGCCAACGGUACUGCAUCUGCAACCCAGGAGUGGUGCGCCAGUUCCGAAACCCAGACACCAUCUUCAUCCUGGCCUUCGCCAUCAUCCUCCUCAACACGGACAUGUACAGCCCCAACGUGAAGCCUGAGCGCAAGAUGAAACUGGAGGACUUUGUGAAGAACCUCAGAGGAGUGGACGAUGGUGAGGACAUCCCUCGUGACAUGCUGAUCGGCAUUUACGAGCGUAUUCGUCAGAAGGAGCUGAAGACCAACGAAGACCACGUCUCUCAGGUUCAGAAGGUGGAGAAGCUCAUCGUCGGGAAGAAGCCAAUCGGAUCUCUCCAUCAGGGCCUGGGAUGUGUCUUAUCUCUCCCCCACCGGAGGUUGGUGUGUUAUUGCCGGCUGUUUGAAGUGCCAGACCCCAACAAGCUUCAGAAACUCGGCCUUCAUCAGCGGGAGAUCUUCCUCUUUAACGACCUCUUGGUGGUAACUAAAAUUUUCCAGAAGAAGAAAAACUCGGUGACGUACAGCCUCAGGCAGUCCUUCUCUCUGUACGGCAUGCAGGUCCUGCUCUUCGAGAACCAGUAUUAUCCGAACGGGAUCCGGCUCACGUCGGCCAUCCCGGGCGCUGACGUGAAGGUCCUCAUCAUCUUCAACGCCCCGAACCCUCAGGACCGCAAGAAGUUCACAGACGACCUGCGAGAGUCCAUCGCCGAGGUCCAGGAGAUGGAGAAGUACCGGAUCGAGUCCGAGCUGGAGAAGCAGAAAGGCGUGGUGAGGCCCAGCAUGUCCCAGAGCAUGUCCGGUCUGAAGAAAGAGGCGGGGAACGGGACCAUGAGCCGCGCCAGCCUGGAUGACACGUACGCCAUGGGGGAGGGGCUAAAGAGGAGCGCGCUCAGUAGCUCCCUGCGGGACCUUUCUGAAACAGGCAAGCGCGGGCGCCGCACCAGUGCAGGAUCACUAGACAGCAAUAUGGAAGGCUCCAUCAUUAGCAGUCCUCCUCAGCUGCCCCGGAGAGCGCCGUCUGGCCGCGAGGGUCCUCCUCGUCCACACUACUCCAGCACCAACCCUUCCUCCUCCUCCUCCACGCUGCUGGGAACGCUCUUCGGCAGCAAGCGAGGAAAACCUCCUCCUCAUCCUCCGCUUCCUGCUCCGCCCUCCUCCUCCACCUCCUCAUCCUUGCACCACUCCGUCCAUCCCACCCUCAUCUCCCACAAGCCCCACCCCACCAACCUGCACCACACCUCCCAGGUCCACAUGGAGUCCCACCGUUCCCAGCACUGUUCUCUCCCGCAGAACCCUCCUCCGUACCAGCACCACCAUCACUACGACCCGCCUCCUGUCGGGCUCUGGUUCCACCGUCAGCACUCGGGCCACGUCUCUGCGCCACACCAUCAUCCUCAACUCGCUCACGACCACCUUCAUCAACACCAACACCAUCGUCAUCAACACCACCAUCACCAUCAACAACGGCACCAACAUCGGGAGCAGCAGCUCGCAUCGUCGCCAUCGGCGUCGUGUCCCGUCAGCGCCAAACCCAAACACUGUGGCAUCAGCACGGUGGUGUGAGGAUACGACCGGAGCCGGGCGAAAUUCCGGGGAAAGAAUUCCAUUUCUGAGAUGAUGUUCUGGAGUUUGGAGAGGCUUCCAGAGAUUUCCAAGUCCUCCUAAUCAGAAGCUCGGUGUGUAGAACGAUGCGUCCGCUGGAGGAAUUCUGAAGAAACAGAAGGAGGAGUGUAACGUCUUCUACCAGGACUACGUGAAUCUCUGAGACGCUUUUCCAGUGUCGCAACGUAGAACCUCACACUGUUUUUUUUUUUUUUUUAGGUUCCCAAACACAAAUCCCGGACGAUUAGCAAAGCUGUAGAGUAACGGCCGAGCUGUGGGUCUCACACGUAGUCGUCCUGACGCUGUAUUUAUUGUGGAUAAAGGAAAAGCUUUACAUGUCGUCCUUAGCGAUCAUAUAUAAAUGUGCCAAUAAUCCCUGCGUAUGUACUCGGCUCUGUGUGAACUGUAUCCUGUGUGUUCUAGUGUUUAGUGUAAAACUGCAUCCAUUGUAAGAUGUUCUAUAUACUGUAAAAAAAAAUCUAUAUAUACAUAUUCAGAGAGUUUUUUAAAUAUUAUGGUCAAUAGAAAUGAAAUAUUACGGUAAGCGGUGCAGGCGAGGUUGGACGUACUGUAUAGAUGUUCGGAGAAAUAUUUUGGAAUUUUAGAUGCCUUUGCAAUAUUACAUUAAAAACAUGUUUUAGAAAGCAGAAGCAGCUGCACUGAGCUAUAAAGCUAUAAAGCUAUAAAGUGAUAGAAAAAGUGUCGUAGCUGCCUGGAAGAGCUACGAAAAGCGCAACCCAGGAGCUAAACGGCGCUUUUAUAUAGAUUUAGAUUUAGAUUUAGAUUUAGAUAGAUUCAAUACAUUUCAAUUUCACAGUGUGAGAUUUCGUCCCACUCACUGAGCACUUGUCUAAUUUUUUCUUUUCUUUUCUUUUUUUUUAAAUCUCGUUUCCCGAGAAUGUAGAAAAUAACUAGUAUUUUAAUAUGAAGUAACCUUUCCUUGUUUUUGUUUUUGUUUUGUUUUUCUCAAAGAAAAUGAUGCAAUCAAAUAUUUAGGUAAAGCUGUAGGUUAGAUAAUUAACGUCUGCACAAAUUUUACAGAAGUUAUGCACAAAACUAAAGAAGGCCAGUGACUGAAAUAGUUUUUACUCCGAUGUGCAAUAUGUUUAGAGUUCAGGAGGACGAGGCAUGCCACGUAAUUAAAUAAAUAAACAAAAAUAAAAACCUCAAAAUUUGCACCUCAAAAUUUGGGAAAUAAAUUAAUGAACUAAAUUAUAAAAUAAUUUGUUAACCUUCAGAUUAAUGCACACAUUCAUUUUAUUUAUUUACAUUUCAUUUUAUUUUUCCUUUAUUUUUUUUAAUUACUAAUUUUUCUCUUUGUUCUUUCACAUUUCCUUAUUGUAUUUAUUUUUCUUCUUAGUUUUAUUUAUUUUUCUCGGUUCUUGUUUCCUUUUUUCUUUUUUAUGGAAAUGUAUUUACUUUUUUGUCUUUUUUUAGUUGUUUAAAAGUUAGUAUUCUGUUGUUUUUCUUUUUUUUUCAUUUCCUUUUUUUCAUUUUUAUUUCCUUAAAUUACCUGAAAAACAAAAAUAUAUAUUUAACAUAUGCAUUAACUUAAGGAUUAAUGAUUUGAUUUUAUGAUUUAGUUCUUGAUUUAUUUAUUCAUUUCUGAAUUAUUUACAUUUUCAUUUGGAAAAUAAUUUUCUGUACUUUUUCCCCUUUUUUAUUUCCCUGAUUAAUUGAAUUUUUUUGUCCUUUUUUUGUCUUUUUUUUCUUUUUUCUUUUUUUUUUUUGCAGUUUCGUGGCACUCCUCGUCCUCGGUAUCGGACAACUUUUUAAUUUGUUUCCCACGAUAACAUUAUUGCAGUGGCUCAUAAAAAGUGAACCACUCGCUGGGAAUUUAGUGAAAUGUCAAACGUCAAGUGUGUGUCCUGUCAACUGUUGCGUGAAUUUAUUUUGUUUGUUUGGUUUGUUUUUUGUGUCCCAAAAAAAAAAAAAAAUAAAUCAGUGUUACGUUGGCAGUUAAGUGCAAUCGUGUAAAGAAAGAAGUUCAUUCUGUAGCUUGUGUUGUUUCUGUACGAGAUUCAGGUGAAUAAUGCGACAAGUUUAUGCAAAUCUCUUUCCUUCCAGACGACGGAGAAUUUUUUUACAGAAUGUAAUUUCAGGCGAUGAAACGUAGAAGCACAUUAAACCCGUUUCUUACUGAACCACACACACACACACACACACACACACACACACACACAUGCGGGCGAAUAAAUUAAACUGACAGACUGUUUUUUUUUUUGGUUUUUUUUCCUAAGUGAAUAACAAUAAUUUUAUAACGCGUCGUUCCGUUCAGACGGUUCUGAUUUAUUCCUCAUAAUGAAUCCGGUUGUUUUAGGGAGCAGGUAGAAAUUUUCAUUCUUCUCUCUGCAUCAUCAUCUGGAGAAACUUGUGAGAAAGGUGUGAUGAUAACUCGACUGUUCUGCAGUGACCGGGUGUGAGAUUAUUAUCUGAGCACCGCACGGAGCCGAGACGUCUCGUUUCACUGUGAGCUGAUGGACACUCGAGCUGGACGAACCUCGUUUUAUUUUUUUCGUCCUCCUUUAUUUUGUAGCCUCGAUGUUGAAUUUGCUGUCGUACUGCGUUGUGUUUCUCUGAAGUGCAGCAUGCAGAUCAUCUUCACAUAUCCGUUGUAGGAAAAAAAAAAACAAAAAGAAAUGAGAAAGAGGAGGGAAGUGAGACGUGAAAAGUGAGGACCACACUUCGACACGUCCGUCUGUCAGUGUGUGACGAGGACGAAGUGUGAGAAACCACCAGUGUACAUAACGUGGAUGAGAUGAUGAUGCUGAUGAUGAUGAUGAUGAUGAUGAUGAUGAUGGACAGUUUCUGUGCUGUGUGUCGGUGUGUGUUUAAGACAAACAGACUGCUGGACACGUUCACUGCCUCUCACGCUGAGCCACCGGACCGCUGCUGUUCCACAGAGGGAAUAACUAAGAGGUGGAGAUUUUAGGGAAAAGGGAAUGCUCUCAUUUUGAUAUGCAGUCUGUUUGUAAGUGCUUCAAAUCUGAUUAAUGUCAAACUGUGACAAUGUUGAGAAAUAAAACAAUGUUAAACAUCA